CCAUGGCCGCUCCGUCCGCCAAUCGCUCGGCGCAGAGCAUUGGUCACGUGUUCCGACGCUGCUGCUUAGCCAGUGACACAGCGAUGGCCGCGCGGCUCUGGGUUCCCCCCGGAGAUAGCUGCUGAGCGGGCAGCGAGGGGACGGAGCUGGCUGCUGGUCAGAGAGAGAGAGCGGAGUAUGAAUCGUUUACCCGAUCAGCCCGUGCGAUCUCCUAGUAACGGAAAAGGAAUGUUUAGUCUGAUGGCGAAUUGUUGCAGUUGGUUAAAACGCUGGCGGGAACCAGUGAGGAAAGUGACUCUGGUAAUGGUGGGACUUGAUAAUGCUGGAAAAACUGCAACUGUGAAAGGUAUCCAAGGAGAAUCUCCCGAAGAUGUGGCCCCAACCGUUGGAUUUUCAAAAGCAGACAUUAAGCAAGGAAGAUUUGAAAUCACAAUAUUUGAUCUAGGAGGUGGGAAAAGAAUCCGUGGGAUUUGGAAGAACUAUUAUGCUGAGUCCUAUGGAGUGGUGUUUGUUAUUGAUUCUAGCGAUGUGGAGAGGAUGGAGGAAACAAAGGAAACAAUGGCAGAAGUUCUGAGGCACCCCAGAAUUUCAGGAAAACCCAUACUGGUCCUGGCCAACAAACAGGACAGGGAAGGGGCACUGUCUGAAGCUGACAUCAUAGAGUUUCUCUCACUUGAAAAACUUGUUAAUGAAUAUAAAUGUUUAUGUCAGAUUGAGCCAUGUUCUGCAGUUGUUCGCCAAGGAAAGAAAAUUGACAAGUCAAUAAAAAAUGGUCUGAACUGGUUGUUAUGUGUAAUCGCAAAAGAUUUUGAAGCAUUACAUGAACGCAUUCAGAAAGAAACCGCAGAACAGAAAGCCCAAGAGGAACAAGACAGGCGUGAACGAGCCGAGAGAGUGAAAAGAAUACGAGAAGAGAGAGACGAGAAAGAAAGGGAAGAGGCAGAAAGGGAAGGAAAGCCUGUAACAGAUGAUGACUCCAUUCUGACAGUCAAUCCUUUCCAACCCAUAUCAGCCGUUAUCAAUGAGAAUGAAGAAAAGAUUCGAAAAGAAAAAGAGAAGAAACGUCAAAAAGUGGCGAAUGAGCCAAAUGGAAUUGACAUACCUCUUGAGACAAAGAGUGAAGACACAGGGAGUGAGAGCAGUCAGCCCAGCCAGACUGCCCAAGGGGGUGAUUUAAUAGAGGAAUAUAAGGAUGCUUUAGUCCAGAAACUGGAGCAAGAUGAAGCCAUUUGUGACUCCUCUGAAAAGAGAGACUCAGAUCAAAGCAAAAAGAAAGCAAAAAAACUCAAGUUAAAAAGGAAUCACAGAGUUGAGCCUAUCAGUACUGAGGAACCUGAAAUAAAAAGUCCAAUUACCCCUCCACCUAUUGUACCUGUUGGAUGGGGAACCCCAAAAGUUACUAGACUUCCUCCAAAACUUGAGCCUCUUGGAGAAACACAUCAUAAUGAUUUUUAUGGGAAGCCACUACCUCCGCUGGCAUUAAGGCAAAGACCCAACAGUGAUGCUCACGAUCUUAUAUCUUAAAGUCACAGAAUGGAUGUUAUUCUCUUAUUACAUUGCACCAAUGGAAUUACCUGAACAGUAUUUAAUUCAUAAAACCAUAAAGCAAGUAGAUUCAUCAUACUUUUUUGUUUGGAUUACUAGAAAAGCACAUUUCUUAACGACCAUUCUGGAAGAUCAGAACAAAUCCUGCCAAUUGAAAAAGGUUCACUUCGGCUCUAGACCCGAUUUUUAGAGGAGUUACAUUUUUAACCCAGUAUUCUUACCACUAUUUGUAUUUCAGGUUUGUAUUCUACAAUUGGGUGGACACAUUAUGUAUUUAUACAGAUUUAAAGAUACUUUUGUAAUAACAUGUAGGGGGUCAAACCUGCAGACUAUUUUAACAUUGUAUAUAUGAAACUUUUUAAAUGGGGUGAUGGCACAAGAAGAGUCCUCACUUAGUGGGGUGUUGGUCCUCACCGUUCAUAAAGAAAGAAAUAACUGUAUAUUUUGUUUUCUUUUUAGCAUAGUGACUGUCUACAAAGCAGUUAUUUACAUGUAGAAAUCGUGAUCCUUCUUGUUCAGAGGACAGUACACACCAAAUCUGUAGUCAGCUCUUUCCUUGCUCGUUAUUGAACCCACAGUUACUCUAA